AUGACCAACUCUUUUAUCAAUUUCAGACCGUUUCGGGUACGACGAGAUAGUGCAGAUGACCUGUCCACUUCCAACGAAUGCUACCAUCGAUAUUCUGAAGAAAACCACCACAAAAUCUUCUCCGCCUUUUUACAUCGGAAAAACUCAUCGCAUUACUCCCCGAUUGCACCAUCAUAUCAGCAAGCAUUGCUGAAGUUACAGGUAAAAUCAAGCAUAUUUGCUCCAGAACUUCAGGCAAUCGUGAGGCUAAAUGGGCUUCGACACGGAGAGCAGAUCACAACAAGUUCGACAUCGUGUAACAGCAAGAAGUUGGAAGUAAUUAGUGCAGAAACACCAUUGCGAGAACGAGCGUUGUGCAAAUUUGAAUACAUCCUCAACUAUAAUCCAAGACGGCUACCAGCGGCGUUAACAGAAGUUAAGUGCAGUUGUGAUCGGCCCAAUCCAAGACUGGUUGGAAAACGAAUAUUUGAAUGUGAACAUCUACGAUAUCAGGUUCGCGUGUUGAUGUUCGACGAAACUUGCAAUACUUUUCGAGAGUACACGGAGACUAUCGCACUGGCUUGCAUACCUGUAGUACAGGCAAACGCGAACGCCGACGGUGAAGCAGACUUCAUGUUCCCAAUCAAAGCUGAAGUACCUGUCUGAAA